AUGGCCUUCCAAAUGCCGGGCUUCCUCAACAGACUCAUACGCCCAUUCACAACAUCAAUGUCACGUCCUCUACAGCCAGACGCCAUGGCUGGAAUGCAAUGGCCUCCCAACUCACAAAGAGCAAUAUUCGCUGGAGGGUGUUUCUGGGGUCUUGAAGAACUAUAUCGCAAGGACUGGGGCAACGGAAAGGGCCUCCUCGACUGUCGAGUCGGCUAUACAGGUGGCAAAUCAGAGGCGCCCUCAUAUCGAGAAGUCUGCUCAGGCUCGAGCGGACACGCAGAGUCACUUCUACUCAUCUUCGAUCCCGAGAAGGUCAAAUACAGCCAGCUUGUGGAAUACUUCUUCAAGAUGCACGACCCAACGACCUUGAACAGACAAGGCGCGGACACUGGCACCCAAUAUCGGUCAGCCAUUUUCACCGAGAAUGAAGAACAGGCCAAGAUUUCCCAUGAAAUUGCAGAGAAGGCAUCGAAGGAAUGGUACAAGGGCAAGAAGAUCACAACACAGAUCGCUCCUGCCACACAGUGGUGGGAUGCGGAGGACUACCACCAGCAGUACCUGGAGAAGGAGCCCUUCGGUUACCAUUGCCCGGCACAUUUUGUGCGACCAUUCCCAGCUCUGAGCUCGUAG